AUGUCAAAUCUCAACCAAACCUUAACAAUCCAACUCAUUCCUCCUGAAAUGGUUGAACUCAUUGCCUGCCAUCUUGACAUUUGCUCAUUGAUGAAUCUUAUGGACACCUGCACUCAAUUCAGAUACCAAUUUCUCGGAUCAACAUACAUGUGGAGACGAGUUGUAUUUGAUCUAAAGUACGGAGAUCUUUCUGCAAUCUAUGCUGCACUUCGCCGUUUACGAGAUUCAAACGGAUUGAGAUUACUAGUUAGAGAGGUUGUGAUGGACAGCACAGACGAUUCAAUGUUUUCUCCUCUGGUAAUGCUAGUCAAGUUUCCUAAUCUACAUCGACUUUAUGCUCGCAAUCGUCGGUUCAACACAAAGAUCAAAGAGGACACAAAGGCCUUGUUGGAUAUGAUCAAGUCAGGAACCAUAAAGCUGAAAACGUUUGAGUUGGAGAGAAUUGAGAUAUACCAUCAUUAUAUGACCACCGAGCCAUAUCUGGAAGUCUUUCAAAGGACAAUCCAACGUCUCUCACGGCAUCCUAGUGUGUAUAUUGACAUUCGGAUGUGCGGUGAUGUAUCCGAACAACAAGGCACACAACCAAAAACACAAACACAGACACAGACACAAACACAAACACUAGAAACUGAUCAGCUUAACCCAACUCAAUCCUCACCACCAUGUCAAAAAAUCGUGUCAAAGGUAGCAAAAUGCUGGGCGUGCGAUUAUCAUUUCAAACAAUGCUGGAUGUGUGCUCCUUUCUGUGGAGGGUGCAAUUCAAGGCGAUUGCCACCAAUGGUCAACGACCAAAAGAAACAGCAGAAUUUAAUCAACCAAAGGCUUCUCCAACAAACUAAUGCUUUGAGACAACAGGAUCCUGUAGAAGAUGAAUUUAGUGUAUUUGAAUAA